CUACGGAGACCGUCUCGCCGCCUGUAGCAUCGUGCAGCACGGCUGCUUCGGUGGAGGGUCUGUGGCGGUCUGGAAAGUUAUGGAGGAAUGCACAGAACUCUACAGGCAAGACGGGGAAAAGGCGAGCGAUGAGCUGAACGUGCUGCAGCAGCGUCCUCCUCACAGUCCACGCUGCAGAACCAGUCACCGCAACCCGCUGCACUGACCCACGAGGAAGCGUCUUGAUAAUGGCCUCCACUGCAAACGUGUAUGAUCUUAUCUUGUCUUAAUAUCUAAAGACUGAGGACCUGGAUUUGCAGCAGGAGUUUACAGACGCGGGGAGAAAACAGUCCUAGUUGAACAGAUGCACAGAUGGACUCUCUCUCUCUCUCUCUCUCUCUCUCUCCCUCUGUCUCUCUCUCUCUCUCUCCCCCGUGCAUGUGCUGCUUCCUGGCGGUGGAGCGAGCAGUAGCCGUGCUCCGUCCUGGUGAGCUGUCACCAUCACGCCUCGCCACAUCUCGGGCCAACUACCAAACGCGGUGAAUGCGAUGAGCCGUCAACUCAUUGACCAUGGCUAACCUGCGGAUGUCGCUGGCCGUCGUGCUGCUCCACGCCGUCCUGUUCGGACCCUGCGAGUCUCUUUGGUGUAACUGCACCACUGCCCAGUGUGAGAAGAAUGGCUACCGAUGUAAGACAGAUGGGGCCUGCAUGGCCUCCACUUCAGUGAUUGACGGCCAAGAGCAACUCAUUCGUAAUUGCAUCACACGGGAUAACCUUGUGCCUCCUGGACAGCCAUUCUACUGCCGCAGUGCUGAGGGCUUUUUCAACAUCCACUGCUGCUACACCGACUACUGCAACAGCAUUGACCUGAAAAUACCUUCAGUGACAACUCCAUCAGGACCAGGGGGAGGCUACGGCCCAAAUGGGACAUGGGGCAUGGUGGAACUAGUGGCUGUCAUUGUGGGGCCAGUAUUCCUGCUGUGUCUGCUGCUGUUGGUGGGUUUGUUCCUGUAUCAGUACCACCAGAGGGCCUACAACCACAGGCAGAGGCUGGAGGUGGAGGACCCCUGUGAUCACCUCUACCUGGCUAAGGACAAAACCCUGCAGGACCUCAUUUACGACUUGUCCACCUCUGGUUCAGGCUCCGGCCUGCCUCUGUUUGUCCAGCGAACGGUGGCAAGAACGAUUGUCCUUCAGGAGAUCAUAGGAAAGGGGCGCUUCGGGGAAGUGUGGCGAGGACGUUGGAGGGGUGGCGAUGUGGCGGUGAAGAUCUUUUCAUCUAGAGAAGAACGCUCCUGGUUCCGUGAGGCUGAAAUCUACCAGACUAUCAUGCUCCGCCAUGAGAACAUCCUGGGUUUUAUAGCAGCUGACAACAAAGACAAUGGCACAUGGACCCAGCUUUGGCUGGUGUCUGACUACCAUGAGCACGGUUCUCUGUUUGACUACCUGAACCACUACUCAGUCACUACAGAAGGAAUGAUCAAACUGGCCCUGUCGGCUGCCAGCGGCCUGGCACAUCUGCACAUGGAGAUACUUGGAACACAAGGAAAGCCAGGCAUUGCUCACAGAGACCUGAAGUCCAAGAACAUCCUUGUGAAGAAAAACCUAAACUGUGCCAUCGCUGACCUGGGCCUGGCUGUGCGUCACGACUCUGCCGCAGACACAAUCGACAUCGCCCCCAAUCAGAGGGUGGGAACAAAGAGAUACAUGGCCCCAGAGGUUCUAGAUGAGACUAUCAACAUGAGACACUUUGAGUCUUUCAAAUGUGCUGAUAUCUAUGCGUUAGGGCUGGUCUACUGGGAGAUCGCACGCCGCUGUAACAGUGGAGGUAUCUAUGAAGAGUAUCAGCUGCCCUAUAGUGACCUGGUACCUUCAGAUCCUUCCAUAGAGGAGAUGAGAAAGGUGGUGUGUGACCAAAAACUACGUCCCAACAUCCCAAAUUGGUGGCAGAGCUACGAGGCUUUGCGGGUCAUGGGCAAAAUAAUGAGAGAGUGUUGGUAUGCUAAUGGGGCUGCCCGCUUGACAGCGCUGCGCAUCAAGAAGACUCUAUCCCAGCUAAGCAUUCAAGAAGACAUCAAAGUCUGAGUUGAGUCAGCAGAGCACUGAGAGUGCCCUGAGCUGGAUCCCAUUACACUCUGUAAGACUGUGAGAGAGAGAGAGCGAGAGAGAGAGAGCAUGUGUGAGAAAGAAGUAGGAUACAAUGGAGAGUGGCACUUUGUAAAAUAUUUCUCCAUAGACACUCCUGCCAGUUUUAAAGCCACUUGAUUUCUUACAAACCCUACCUCGCUUACCCAGCCAAACUACUGAGAACACCUUUCCUGUGUUGUCCAUUGCUACCACCACCCUACCUGAACAUUUGGUUCCCCUUAACACGUUCUACUAGGGUUAGGGUCCCUGCAUUCCUUUUGUAGUUGUGUGCAGUCGGUAGCAGGAUAUGUAACGUAAAUAACUCGUGAACAUUUUAACCCUUAGCUUCUCUGAUCACGUCACUUGGUAGUUGAUAUUAGAAUAACAUUCAUUUUUAUUGUCUUUUCAUGGGAGCAAGCUGAAGGGCAGGGGAGUUUGAACUCCUUUUUAAUACUCCAUUAUUUCACCAACUACAUUUAUUAUAAUGGUGUUUGUGCAGGGACACUGGAGGUUUUCCUGGAUUACACGUUUAACACAGAGGCACAUCCCAAACUGAUGUGAUAAUAAUUCAUCUGUUUCUGCUACAGCUGUGUGGUUUAGUUCUGGUAGAUGUGUUUAUAGCUGCCUCUCAUUCUACCCAUACAGCAUAACCUGCCAUGACUGUGCACGAGCUCCAGCUGCAGAAGCUAAUUUGAUGUGCACUGUACAUUCAACACAAGAUGAAAAUGUACCUUUUAAAAACUUUUAACACCAGGAAUCUAAAUACCGCUUUGUUUACAUAUUUUAAUAUGUUUGUUUUUAUAUAUCCUACGUUGUUUUUCCCACAGGGUGCAUUCCCCUUGGCCAAGUAUAAACGACUAGUACACUAGGUUUUUAGGAGAUACCUGUGUUUACUUUUAUCCUAAUACACUGAUCAUUUAGCUGUUUGUACCUUUGGGUUUUUAUCUGGUGGAAGAACAGUCAUGAUCUUGUUAAUUGUAAACUUAAUCAUGUACUAAUCUACUUUCCGACCUCUAAAGUAACAUCACUGUCUUUGUCAAACACUGCAUUUGCCGACUUUGUGUUCUAGCUCUACUAGUCCUGAGCGUUUCUAUUACCAUGAAAUGCUUCACAAUCAUGUGAUUUAUUUUAAGCUGUCAGAAAUCACUGUCUUCAUUUAUGUUUUCAGGAAAUGUUGUUGUAUGUAAAUUCAGCAGGUACUGUUUGUGUGUCUAGUCUUUCCAAUGUUAUGUGUAUGCUGUUAGUCUCUUAUGAAAGCCUAUAAGGCCACAUGUGCACUACUACUGACCUCACAAUGUUGAAACCAAAUUGUCUCAACCCUCUCUGUCCAUGGCCUCUGUUUGUCCCCAUUCAACUACAAAUGAGAAUGUUUACACAAAUUACCCACAAAUUAUGACUUGCAGCACAUUCUGACCUUUUGGAACUCUGGGAGAAGAAAUAUUUAAUCUAAAUACUACUGAAAUGUCUCAGUUCUGUCUCACAAAUGUGUUUGACUAGUUCUGGUCAGAAUUAAACACCCAUAUUGUAUUGAGAGACUUACAGGACAUUUGUAAGAUCAGAAAAGCUGAACUUGACUUAAUGCUGUUUUUUGACACAGUCCUGUCUCUGAUAGGAAGUUGAAUGUCAAAUAUUUAAACACUACAGGGGCAUGUUUGUUUAAUUAUCUGCCUUACUAUAUAAAAAUCAUAAUGUAAGGGGUUUUUUUUUAUCUUGCUCCAUGUAUCCAUAUGGGAGGAGAUAGUGGUGGGUGAAAUAAACAUCACUCCACUGUUGCUGUCAA